AUGGCCACGGUAAAGGGACAGAUGUUCUACGGUAUUGCUCCCCAACCGGCUCUUCCUUGGUCUGGCCCUUGGGAAACAGAAACUGGUAAAGUGCUAGAGGGCAAAGGUGGUCUCUACAGUAUUCUGGGAAUCUCAAGAAGCGUCCGGGGAUCAUUCUGCUCCCCCGGAUUCGUGGACCUCAACAUCUACAUCAAGACACUCUGCUUUUGGCAGCACGGGAAGGUGAUUGAAGCCUCGCAAAAUCAAUAUCCCUCUUCCACUCCGGACCGGCUUAAUCAGCUUCAAAAUACCUGUGCCGGGCUCUGCGGCGAGAAAACUCUUCGAGCAAAAGUCAGUGCCCGUCGAGAUUCUACCCCAGUCACGAUUAUCUGUGCUAUCAAACGUCACUACACCGAUCUCAAAGCACCUUUUCAACCUCCAAGUGCUGUAUUGAAUCACCGAAAUAAAGACGAAACCAUCAGCAACAAUGCACUGCCAGGAUGUGUGGUGGUGGACCGGAGCAACUAUGGGCAGGGGAGUGACUUUUUCCUGAUCGGUCAGAAGGCCAUUGGGGGCACCACGAUACCAGAGCAUUACAAUGUGUUGCAAAAUCCACACAACUACGACAUCCAGGACAUUGCAAGGAUAACGUAUCAUUUGUGCUGUCUCUUUGGGCGCUCGCGAACUGCGGUCGGGCUUUGCACGUCAGUCUACUACGCCGACCUGGUAGCCGACCGUGCGAGGUGUUUUGUCCGACCGUUCUACAACCCUCCGAGAGAAGACGACAACCCGGCCAAAAUCUUUGAAGACAGCGAACUGCCCCAAAUCAGGCGCUGCCUCGAAGUCCAUCCCAACAUCCAAAAACACAUGGUUUACAUCUGA